GUGUCGCAGAUGAUGAGUUGAACAUACAGUCCACUCUCGUAUGUCCACAUCAACAAAAUUUCCUGGACGUGUUUUUCUUCCCUGGCACAUCAUGUAAUUUUUUGCCGCCUCAUGAAAACCCUCCAGACACCAUCAUAGUGUUCUGCUCGAGCUCUGACUCCAUGCUGCUUCUGUCCAUUGUAUCUGUUACUGGCAAGGAUAUGACCAUCAUCGGCCAAAACCAGGUUUCGAUCUCCCAUGGAGUACCGGGACGGAAAACAGACCACCACGUAAUUGCCCUUUCUUGUGGUCCCUGUGGGGUGUUGAGCUACAUAAAUGAAUCCCAUACUUGGGCUGCUUAUCAGCUCGAGGUAAACAACCUAACAACAUCUAUGACACAGAUUGGCGAAACAUUAGCUCUGGCCCAAUUAUCGCAUUCGAAUGCCCAUUCUUUUGGACGCGGCAUGUGUCUCCUUUCACUGGGUUCCUCGUUGGUUCUCCUCGCUACUAUGACCGCUAUGCCAUCGUCAGAGACAUCAAUCCUUCUCUGGGACAUGCGCUACGAUGUAGUUAUUGCAUCGCAUGCUAUCCCAAUUCCAUCCACUAUUGCGCCGAGCAUCAAACAGGGCAUUAAUAUGAGCUUAUUGCUCGCAGAUGCAGGGCAAGUCUUAUUGACGCUGUGCCCUGCAAAUAUUUCACGGACCGCGUCCGAACUUUCGCAGCCACCAUCUUACGCAGCACUCCCCAUUUAUACCUGUCGGCUCUGCCGUUCGCUCCUACGCAGUCGAGAAUGUUCCGCAAGUUCGCCUCAAAGUUUCCUUGCACCCCACGCAUCGUCGCUGGCCAUGUCGAAAAUUGGCCUUCGAUGGAGAAGAAUCCGGAUAAUGUAAUAACAAACUCCACUGGUCUGUCAAACGACGAAUGAAUGCUUACUAAAGAGUACUGCACCUCAAUUAUAGGCAUGUCUCUAGCUGUGCAAACUGAUCUGAGUCGUACUACCAACGCCACGUUUGGAUUCUGUACUUACCAUUUUUGGCAUGUGAUACAAAGUCCAAUGAUGGAGGCAAAGUACACUGCACAGUGACUGCUUCACGACCAACAAUUAUGUUACGCAACCUGGAUUGAAUUCAUCUUUCUUCAUACGAAAAUAUUUACUUUGGGUAACGUGCACUGCAGGAACGGAUAUAAUCUCUCGACCUCAUUUUGGUACUUAAAGCACAUGGCAUAUCUCAUUGUUAUACGUCCACCAAAUUUGCCUCUCAC